CCUGUGUCUAUUUAAAAAAAAAAAAAAAAAAAGCUGAGUACUUUACCGCCAUUUGUCAUUGAGCCGCCAUUACAUGACAUUAAUGACACAAUAGCAGCAAGUACACGGUCCGGAAACUUCUAUUUUUUACACAUGUUGGGAUUGAGGCCGGUGCGGUGGUGCCACCUUCCAGACGUGUUCUCACCGGCUUAUCCCCCCGCUGAGCUCAUAAUGGGAUCUGCGCGUCCGCCGCCUGCCCCGCAUCCCUCUGCUGGCUUCAGAAGGUGACCUGGACAUCAUGGAUGUUUUUCUACCCGACACACACACAAUUAUGUAUGGAUGCAAGUAGAAAUAUGGAGGUGGGAUAUUUAACCCAGAGAGACUCAUCUCCCCUUCUGUUCUAGUUUGAUGGACGUUAAGGUCACACACGUGAAAAACAGAGCAAAAAGACAGAACAUGACGAGCAAAAGUUGAAAUGUUGCCCUUUUGUAUUGAGUUGUGGACUCCUAUAGAGCAGCGACGCACAAUAACCACCACAGAAGGCUUUCUAGAUCUUCCAAAAUCUGCACCUAUUCAGCUGUAUUUCUUUGGAUUUUGUACUUCCUGAGAAAACGGUGUAUCUUUUUAAAAUGUGGGAUUUUAACAUACAACCAUAAGCGUUGGAUCCAGAAUCCGAUCUGGAAGUAGACAUUGGACAGUCCGAAGUUUUUCAGGAAAAGAGAUUACUUCAGGACGUCUUGUAAUGAGAAAUAGCUUUAGCAUUUUAGCGUUUCUACAGCGUUGAAUGUUUUUUGCGGGAACAAUAAUAUAAUCACAAUCAUCUGGGGAAAUCUGCCUACAUGUUUUGAAUAUCCCUCAUGGAACCGCAGCUCCCCAGUAGCCGGCAGCACUCAUGCAGCAACAGACCACCAUGCUACCGCCACGUGACUGCAGCUGCUGUGAAGUCUUUGCUGCCAAGGGAGGCGUGCCGACAGGACACAUUGAUGUUGUCAUGGCUGCACAGUAGCGUAGUAUUCCCAGUGACCUGUUAAGGAAUGCUCCGCGAACGGAUACCUGGCCUGCUGGAAGAAGCAACGGUGUUAGAUCCUGAUCAUCGCUUAACUCAUCCCCAAUCUGGCACCAAGUCCAGGAUUGAGGCCUUAACCUUCAGGUGCUGCUGCCUAAUCCAGUUAGGGGCCAGCAGUCGCUGUGGAAAAUCCCGGCAGACCUACAUUGCACCGUGGAUCUCAGUGGACGCCAGCGGUAUGCGGGGCCUCCUGUAGACCCUCAGGAUGUUCAACUGGGUGGUGAAAGUGGUCCCCCAACCCCCUGAAGGCCCUCAGAAGGAGGGAGAUGUCAAAAAACCUGCUGAGCAGGAUCCCCCAAAAAGCAAAGAGGCCAAGUGUCCUCCGCCAAAGAACACUGAAGAUGCUUCAGAGGACAGUCAAUCCCAGACUGGAGUUUUAGGUUGGCUGUCCAAUGGCUUUGCUAGCGCCCUGCCUCAGCCUGCCGGCUCCCCUCAUCUGGAGAACAGGUCGGGGGGUGACGGUGAAAGGUCGGGAGUGAUUGGCUGGGUGGCGCAGGGUCUGACCAAGGUGCUGCCUCAGCCUGACGACAAGUACCGAGAGAUAGACAAUGACAAUGAGGAACACACGGAGGUGUAUGAGGUUGCUACAAUGCCAGAUUAUGAUCCCCUCCCACACAUCCCAGUGGUGGAGAUGGUGUCAGAAGAUGAGAUGUCCGAGGAGGACGGUCUGACUUUCCCUCCAAAGAGUGUGGUGACAUGGAUAAAGCAGAAGAUCCCUCAGCCUGUUUUCCUGCCUGCUGGUGCCGUGUCCAAUGAGUCAAAACCCAAAAAGUCUUCCCGCUCCUCUCUGGACAAAAGUAUAUACUUUACAUUCCCUGUUCUUUCUCCACCACCCGAAUCUCUCAGUGGAAUCUCACUGGACACUGAUAGCAAGUCCUCAGCCGUCGGCUGGUUCAUGUCAGGAAUUGGUUUGAAGAUACCCCAGCCCGUUCUUCCACAACCAAACGACGUUGAAGCCGCUGCAGACAUUCUAAAGAAAGCAUCAACCAAUCUCAAACCUGACAUGGUGCUGGAAGACGUGGAUUCCGACCACGAGAGCCAAGACACGUCCACAUCAGCCCAAACACAGCAGGCCGCCACAAAGAGCACCGAGUCCGGUUCCUCCUUGCACCUCCACAAGUGCGCUGAGACCAACCGAGAACCGGAACCGUCCCAACCGACGAUGGCUAAGAUACUCCAGGAGGAUGCUGAGACCCAGACGGGCCGUUGGACACCGUUCAUCGAGAACAUCAAGAAGGAGGCCGAGGAUGUGGCUUUAGCCACCAUGGAAGAACGUUUGCUGCAGGAGCGCAUGGAGAUGACCCGCAUGGCCGAGGAAGUGGCGAGGCAGACGGCCGAGAUGGCCAUUCGACAGCUGGCCAACGAGAGCCAGCCCCUCAGACUGUCGGCGGGGAGCCAAGAGCUGCUCGAGGAGCCUGACAUAGAACUGACAGCUUUACAAGACGACAGAGAAGUCAGCCAUCAAGAUCAUGACGCCAUCGAAACGGACGAGAGUCAGGCAAACAUCUCCGAGGAACCCACCAUCGUUGAAGAAGGUAUCGAACAACCCAGCACCGUCGCCUCCUCGCAUGACUACAAACAAGAGCCCAAAGACGAGCCCCAACCACCAUCAGUAUCCCCUUCGCCUCCACCGCUGAGUCCUGAACCGGCGAAGGCCUCCGAGCCCCACCGUGAAGGGCAGUCAGAGGACAAGACCCAGGAAGCGAUUUCCAAAGCCGAGCCUGUGACCCAGCAGCCACAGAAGACUGAGCAAGACACGCAAGGCGCCAAGGCUGCUGAAAAGGAGGAGGCCAGCGGGGACGAGUGUGGGGACAGUUCUCGACUCAGCCUCCAUCCAGCCGUCAACGUCGAGGAUGUCGACUCGGAUCGGGAGAAAUCCGGUGAGGGGAAAGGGGAGGAGCUCCUCACCCCCCAGGACCCCAAACUAACAACUCUCACUGUCCCUGUCACCCCCACUGGAGGUCGUCAGAGCAAAGGAGAUAAAGAUAGAAGGCGGCAGUCUCAAAGUGAAGAUGACGACGAUGAGGCAAGCAUCCCUGUCAGGGCGUGGCCCAGUCAGUCCAGCCUCCACAGCACAGAUGACCCCUUGCGAGAACGUCCGUCAUCGUCAGCCAGUCAGACGAGUGCGGUGGUCAGUGAGCGUCUCCAAGAGCUGGUGCGCAUGUUUAAAGAGAGGACGGAGAAGGCAAAAGAAAAACUGAUAGAUCCCGACAGCUCUGAUGAGGACAGCAUCAUCCCCUCAGCCCCUCCUCCAGACUCAGCGCCGCAACCUAACCCCGCCCGUGACCCCGAUCUGGCGGACGAGGGCGAGGAGGAUGAUGAUGAUGAUGAUGAUGAGGAAAUCCCUGGUCCAUCAGGAGGAAGAGGAGCGAGAGAGGCAGAGGAGGAGAAGUCCAGCCCAAAGGUGAAAUCCCACGGAUGGAUCCCAGCCUGUGUGCACUACCGCUUCCCCGCCAGCAUCGACCCUUUCACCAAUCUGAUGUACGUGUUGUGGAUGUUCUUGGUGUCUUUGGCGUGGAACUGGAACGUGUGGUUCAUCCCGGUGCGCUGGGCCUUCCCUUACCAGACUCCAGACAAUAUCUACUACUGGCUCCUGACCGACUACCUCUGUGACCUUAUUUACAUCCUGGACAUCACCGUCUUCCAGCCGCGCCUGCAGUUUGUCCGUGGGGGGGACAUCAUUUAUGACAAAAAGGAAAUGAGAAAGAAUUACAUGAAAACUAAACGUUUUAAGUUCGAUGUGGCCAGUCUUGUUCCGCUGGAGCUCUUCUAUUUCAAAACGGGCAUCAACCCUCUUCUACGCUUGCCUAGGUUACUCAAGAUCAACUCCUUCUUUGAGUUCAACGAGCGUUUGGAAGCCAUCUUGACCAAAGCAUACGUCUACAGGGUGAUCCGUACCACCACCUAUCUUCUCUACUGCCUCCACUGCAACGCCUGUCUCUACUACUGGGGCUCCGCCUACAACGGACUGGGCUCCACGAAGUGGGUGUACGACGGCAAAGGAAACAGCUACAUCCGCUGUUACUACUUCGCAGUGAAGACCCUCAUCACCAUCGGGGGGUUGCCGGAUCCCACCACCCUGUUUGAGAUUGUCUUCCAACUCAUCAACUACUUUGUGGGAGUCUUUGCCUUCUCAAUCAUGAUCGGUCAAAUGCGUGACGUUGUCGGUGCAGCCACGGCGAGUCAGACGUACUACCGCACCUGCAUGGACAACACCAUUAAAUACAUGUCUUCAUAUCGCAUCCCCAAAGACGUCCAAAACAGAGUCAAAACCUGGUACAACUACACCUGGCAGUCACAAGGCAUGCUGGAUGAACAGGAGCUGCUGACUCAGCUGCCAGAUAAGAUGCGUCUGGACAUCGCCAUCGAUGUCAAUUACUCCAUUGUCAGCAAAGUCCCUCUCUUCCAGGGGUGCGACCAACAGAUGAUCUUUGACAUGCUAAAAAGCCUGCGCUCAGUUGUCUACCUGCCGGGGGAUUAUGUCUGCAAAAAGGGUGAAGUUGGUCGGGAGAUGUACAUCAUCAAAGCAGGCGAAGUCCAAGUGGUCGGAGGACCGGAUGGGAAAACCGUGUUUGUCACUCUGGGAGCUGGUUCCGUCUUUGGCGAGAUCAGUUUGCUUGCGGUGGGUGGGGGCAACAGGCGCACUGCAAAUGUGAUUGCUCAUGGCUUUGCCAAUCUCUUCAUCCUGGACAAGAAAGACCUGAAUGAAAUUCUGGUCCAUUACCCAGAAUCCAAGAAACUGCUGCGCAAGAAAGCAAGAAAGAUGCUCACCAAGGGGAAGAAACCCGAGCCCAAAGAAGAAGCUAAGGAAGAAGCUCGCCAUGUCCAGGCGGCCGCCACCAAACCCGAGACUCCCAAAUUGCUGAGAGCGGCCUUGGAGAUGACGGAGAAGUCCACUGGACUCAAAGGAGCCAUGGCCCAAGUCAAAGAGAAGACAAACAAGUCCAGUGUCUCCCUGCAGGCGUCCAUCUCCUCCCCCUUGCCUACUCCAUCUCCCGUCUUCACGUCCGGCCCGGACCGAGACAUCUCCACGCCCUCGCCCACUUUAGCCAGCUCCACGGCGUUCCUCUCCACCUUGGCGUGCUACAACGACAACUCCGAGAUGUCGUACCCCGCGUCCCAGUGCUGCAGCGACACGGACGACAUGCUGCCAGUCGAUCACAGACAGGAGGGAACGAGCGACAAGGAGGAGGCGACUGAUCGGGGAAAGAAGGUGCAGCAAUAAUAAUACUUUUUUUUUUUUAAACAGGUGGUAGGAAAUGAAGAAGUGAAGAAUCUGCUGAGUAAUCUGUUUCUCCAGAGAAAGAGCCUGGAGUGCCCUCUAGUGGCUCAAAGUCAUAAAAACAUAUCCAGGGUACAGUGUAAGGGGCGGGGCCAGCCAAAGCAUGAAAAAAGUGCGUCUUAUACUUCGGAAAAUACGGUACUUUACCUUAUAAACCCUCCGAUCUUUUUUUUUUUUCUUUACACAACCAAUAACAGGUCUUCUUUUUGCUGUUGUUGAACAAUAAAUGUUUACAUUUACUUUUUUUUUGUCAAUUUCAACAUUGCCUUACUUUAUUUAUUUUAUGUUAAUAUCCAUAGCUUACCAUGCUAAUGAGUCCUGUAUUUAACAUGGAUGUAAAAAUACUUCCACCAUCCGUUUGUAGAGCUAAGAGAUUUAGUGCAUGUGGGAACCGAAAUGAGGUAAAACGAAGGUAAAACGAAAAAAACAACUCCAUAUUCUCAUCCCUUCCACGGUGAUGUCUUUCCUUUUCUUUGGUACACUGCUGCUUGGGAGACGUAAUGAAAAAAAUGUAAAAUGUAAAAAUGUAACUAACAAACCACUUUCUCCUUCCUCAGUGUGUUGUGACCGGUUCCCCAGCGAGUCUGGUGUUUACAACCCGAAAAAAUAACGCUUUUAAUUAAUUUGCGGGUUCGUAAAACACAAAACUGUGUCAAAUAUUGCAUAUGUUUGUCAUUGUUUUAACGGCUGUAUUUUGUUACAGUGAAUUGUAUAGAUGAGGGGUAUUUCUUUGCUGGUGAUGAUUUUAUUGUACACAAUCCUUCCAAAUCAUUUUCAGUUUGAGUGUGUGUAGGCCGGGUUAUCAUUCUCGUGUUGUUGUGUGUAUCAUCAUGCUGCGCUCAUACCUUUUAUGUAACUGAAGUAGCGUUACUGCUGCUAUCGUAACGACUUUACUGUAAAUAUGUGGACUGAAACAACAGCAAAGUUCUCCAGUCUCUCACAAUAAACAUUUAAGAUAUAA